CAACAGAAGAAAUUUAUGAGGCAAAUUUCGUAUUCAAAAAGUUGAUAAACAAAAACACAAUAAAUUCCAGAUUGCUGUUGUUUACAAGUUUUACUGUUUAUUGCUAAUUUUUUUCUUCUAAAAUUCUMGGUUGAAUCAUAAAAUAGUAAUUAUGACUUCAGCUUUAUAUUUGGAACACUAUUUGGACAGUUUGGAGAACCUUCCUGUUGAGUUACAACGAAACUUCACUCUGAUGCGAGACCUCGAUUCGAGAGCUCAGGAACUAAUGCGCAGCAUUGACAAGUUGGCCGACGAUUAUAUGUCAAACGUCAAAGGAUAUACUGCAGAAAAAAAGAGUGAAACUAUGACCAGCAUUCAACGUCAGUUUGACAAAGCGAAGGAAUAUGGUGACGAUAAAGUUCAACUGGCCAUACAAACUUAUGAAUUGGUGGAUAAACAUAUUCGAAAAUUAGAUUCAGAUUUAGCGCGAUUCGAAGCCGAAAUUCAAGAUAAAGCCAUCAGCGCUACGAGAAAUAUAGAGGAAGGUUCACAAAAGCGAGGACGUAAGAAGACUAAAGACAAAGAAGUUAAAAAGAAAAGUGCGUCAAGUGAAGAAGAAACGGUUACUAAAACAUCUAAAAAGAAACAAUUGAAAAAAGGAGGUGCUAAAACAACUAAUGCAGCACCUAGCAAAACACCUUUGGUCAGUGUUGUCACCAAUCCAACAAACCCUACAAACAGCGUAGCCAGUGUUGCAGUAGAGACUAGUUCUCUUACUGGUGCAUUAGUUGGUGCUGGAGUUACUCACUCUGAAGUAUUAGACAUGCCUGUUGAUCCAAAUGAACCAACAUACUGCUUAUGCAACCAAGUUUCUUAUGGUGAAAUGAUUGGUUGUGACAACCCGGACUGUCCAAUUGAAUGGUUCCACUUUGCAUGUGUUAAAUUAACUACCAAGCCUAAAGGAAAAUGGUUCUGCCCAAAAUGCAUUACAGACAGGAAGAAAAAAUAACAUAUUUUAAAAAUGAAAUAUAUUUUUUUAUUUCAUAAAUACAUACAUAUUAUGUGUUUAUGUA